GGCUUAGCAGUUACCAUUCCAUCUCCGAGCGAUAAUUUCUAUGUGCACGUUACAUACGACAAGGAAAGGCAAGUGAACUCCCUGCAAGCCGCUCCGCUUUCAGAACUAAUCAAGCUGGAGUCUACUUCUUUCCAUCGUGUUACCACAAACAAAGGUGAUAACGUGAUAUUUUAUCAUUCAAAAGAGAUAAAAGAGAAACUAACAUCGCCAAGGAAAUCAAGAUCUACUGAUUCACAACUUCCGAGGGACCACACAAUAGAAGAAAACCGGAAGUCUCAAGUGUGUUCCCUGGAGCUGACGGUCGACCCCUUUGUAUGGAGUUUUGCAUUACGGAAACAUUCUCAGAACGAAAAGAACGCGAUGGAAGAUGUUCACGCCAUGUUGCGAGAUCACGUUUCUGUGUUAAACCAAGUAUUCAAAGAUGUCCGUUUUCCCCCGUACACAAAUACACAGACAAAACAGGACCAUGUUCGAAUACAGUUUGAAAUUCACAGCAUAGUGAUUUACAAUGACAGUUGGUGUGGCCUGACAUCAAGCAGUAUCUGCAAUUCAAGUCUGGAAUACCAACAAGUCCUAGACAGCUACAGCGAAACUGUCACAUACAAAAGACUUACGGAAAAUUCCAAAGCAACAAUAAAUUAUACAGAUUUCGAAAACGCCGACGCCAAUGAUUAUUUCCUGUCUGAUGACUACUUUAACAACAGACAUGGCCAGUAUUGCCUGUCAGUGCUGUUUACUGCCAGAGAACUUUACAAGACGACUGACGAGGGAAAAAUUCCUGUGAACGGAAUGUCCAUGACCGCUGAACUAGGUAACUCCAAUGGCGUGUGUAAAGAACACAACUUUGCUUUUGUAAACCUAUACAAAGAUGCAGAGAACCCCUAAAUGCCAAGCACACUGACCCAUCUGGUUCUUGCACAUGAGUUGGCUCACAGUCUUGGUGCUUUGCAUGAUACAGGCGGUAUAGAGUGCAUACCAGAAAUAGACGGUUUUUACCUCAUGCACAAUGUAACAGUUGAUGGAAAAGAUCUCAAUAAUUACCGUCUCUCUCCGUGUAGCGUGGACAGCAUUGCUAAGAUCCUUUCCGAUCCUAAUAGGACCUCGUGUUUUAAAGAUAGAUCACUGUCGGUCUGCGGUAAUGGUCUCGUAGAGGUAGGAGAGGAGUGUGAUUGUGGGACUAUGUGUUACCUUGACGACGGCUGUCACUCCAGCCAAGAAGGGAAUCGUUGUUUGCUGAAAUACAACACAGAUAACAGUAAUUCGUCAGUACUUGGAGUCGGAAGUAUUGAUAAAACAGCCAAUGACACUGCGUGCAUCACUGAAGGGCGCGACGGACUAUGUACAGAAAGGUUAAACCCUUGGACCAACGGACAAAAUACGAAUUGGCUGCUUUUGAUGCUGCUGAGCACACUUUGUUGCACAGUUUUAUUUAUCGUAGUGGCCCUACUUGUGUGGAAAUGUAGACCUUCCGUGUGUUUUCACUGUUCUUCCGCCGUUAAAAGUCGACACUGUGCACGAGUGUUCAAUGCAAGCGAAAACACGACAGAUAAUCUUCAGUUACCAGCUUUACCGAAUGGUUUAAGUAAGAUUCCAACAGAGGAUUCGAAGACACAUCUUUUAGCUUUUUAUAAAACUGGCGAUACCGUCAUCGAGUGUGCGCCCGAAACAUUUCAAAAGGUUUAAUACUCAAACCAGGAACGUCGUAACACUACCUCGAACUAUUUAAACGUGUACCAUAUCAACAAAUAUUGCAUGAUUAAUUUCAAACAUACACAUUUUAUAUUGUUUCCUAUGUUUAUACAUUGUUUAUACAUGAUAUUAGCAUGCAAUGUUUCAUACUAACACCAAUAAAUGAAUAAAGCGAC